AUAACAUCUGUAAUCUAAACCCUGAAUCAGCGGCAUUGCUGCGCAAAGUUUGUUUAAGACUUAUCGAGGCAGGGUCUUAAGAAGUCAGUCUGGGAGUCUAGGAAUUUUUCCAAGCGGAAGAUGACGGUUUCGGCUCCAUAAAGCCUCUUACUGGUUUUUGGUUUAUCUGCAAUAGAUUUGACUAGAGAUAUUUUUAUAAACACAACAGCUCGAUGUGUUUUUCGGUUGGGCGAUCUACGCAAGAGGAAAUAGGAAAUACCAUUUUGUUUUGCGAGUCUGGUGAGGAGUUUAACGUACAGUAUAGAGUGGGAAAUGUCAGGACGAUUAGAGUUUGAUGUUUAACUCAUUGAGUGAUGCGAGCUUCAAAACACGCGAAGUUUGAUGAACAGCUCGAUUUGUGAGGGAACACGAAAGAAAAAUCAGAGAUGAAGUCCGAGGUGCUCGCAGUCCUGACGGUUUUGGUGUGCUCAGGGAGCUGUUUGCAGUGCUACGACCGAGCUGAAUUGCUUAAAGCCAAGGAGGGGAUUGUACAGUGCGCAUGCGAGAACAAUAGAAAUUGUGUUAACAACACCUGCUGGGGCAAUUACUGCAUCUACACUUUGGUCGAUGAAGUGGAAAGAAGGGGCUGCCUUCCCUCCCUCGAACAGUGCCAUGUGCCUGAUCGUCCUGGACUGUAUUGUGAUUGCUGCUUCACAAACUUCUGCAAUCAAAACUCCAGUGUGCCUAAAGAAGACCCAGUAGAGGGGAAGUAUAUGAGAGAGAUUCUGCUGGUGGCAGUGUCUUUAUUGGUGCUGCUGAUGGUGAUCGCAGCCGGCUGUCUUAUAUUGUGGCUACGUACAAAGCGACAGCGCCAUCAGCUGGUAAAGGAUGACACCUCUAUGCUCAAAGUCCCCAUUGGAGUGGACCCUACUUACGGGGAUAUUUUUGAUGAGUUUUGUACAUCGGGCAGUGGGACCGGGCUCCCUUAUCUAGUGCAGAGGACCAUGGCUCGACAGAUCUCGCUGGUAGAAUGUGUUGGUAAAGGACGUUAUGGAGAAGUAUGGCGUGGUACUUGGAUGGGAGAGAGCGUAGCUGUUAAGAUUUUCUCCUCUCGUGAUGAACAGUCCUGGUUUAGAGAAACUGAGAUCUACAACACGGUCCAACUGAGGCACGAAAACAUCUUGGGUUUCAUAGCAUCAGACAUGACAUCUAAAAACUCCAGCACUCAGCUGUGGCUGGUCACACACUUCCAUGAAUUAGGCUCCCUCUAUGACUUCCUGCAGUACAGGACGCUGGACCCGGAAAGCUGCCUGUGCAUGUGCCUGUCUAUUGCCAGUGGCCUGGUGCACCUCCACACGGAGAUCCUGAGCACACAGGGCAAACCAGCCAUCGCGCACAGAGACCUGAAGAGCCGCAACAUCCUAGUGAAGAGAAAUGGCCAGUGCUGCAUAGCUGACCUGGGCCUGGCUGUCAUUCACUCUCAAUCGAAUGACUAUCUGGAUGUUGGCAAUAACCCACGAGUGGGCACCAAGCGCUAUAUGGCACCUGAGGUUUUGGACGAAAGUAUUCGUGUAGAUGUUUUUGAGUCCUAUAAACAAACAGACAUCUGGGCCCUGGGUCUUGUCCUUUGGGAGAUAACUCGUCGAACUAUUGUAAAUGGGAUUGUGGAGGAGUACAGGCCGCCGUUCUUUGACGUGGUCCCCUCUGACCCCAGUUUCGAGGAGAUGAAGAAAGUGGUGUGCGUUGACCAGUACAGGCCCAGUCUACACAAUCGACUGCACUCUCAUCCGAUCCUGUCUGCAAUUGCGAAGAUUAUGAAAGAGUGCUGGUUCCAAAGCCCCUCAGCUCGGCUUACAGCUCUGCGUGUGCGUAAGACCAUCUCCAAAUUCGACCAGGACCACGACUACGAUAUAGACAAGCUCAAAUUGGACCUUUAAAAUAAACUUACUCAUGCAAUACUGCAUUCAUUUCAACCAACUCUUUUGAUGUGCCUUUCAAACUUGGUCUAUGUAUUUACGUCUUAAGCCUCGUCUUUAUCCUGACAUUGGCUCACUAGCAAUUUGAGGUUCUUAACUCUGCUGUUAAAAUAUUGCCUAUGGAACAUAUCCACACGACUGCUCAUCCGGGACGAUUUGCAUAUUUCAACACGGAGACUCAUUUACAGUAUCUCAGUAUUUUAUUUUUUGUAUACUGAAAAGGUUUGUAUAUGUCAAAGGUUUUCUCCACUUUCUGUAAUUCCUGGAUAUUACUCUUAACUAGGAAGUUCGGCACAUGCACUUUCUUUAUCUAGCUGCCUUUCGGCUCUAUUAAAGACUCAGAAAUGGGCCGUUUUUCAACUGCAAUGAGAUAUACAAACUUGCACCAAGACAAUAUUAAAUCAGAGGACAUAUUAAUGUAGUACAAUGUUUUAUACAAUAUCCAACUGCAAUCACAUAAAUUAGCUGCUUUAUCUUUUUGUACAACCAAAUGUAUUUACUGUUUGAGAAUUUAUAUCUGAAAAUGUAUAUACCGUUUUUAUCUUUUUUUUGCACAAAACAAUGUAUAUUAUUAUUUUCACUUUAUGUACUGUUUAAUAAAACUUCAGGACAUUGAA